AAAAGAAGAAAAAGUUGGGUUAAACUAAUUUUAUAAACAUUUACCGUGUAUAAAGUUUAAUCAGGAGUUUAGCUAAUAAAAUUACGAACUCCUAUAAAAAUGUUGUGUUUUCGUAAAAUCCCCAUCACAACUAAAGGCAUUAGACUCUACACUACCGUCGUCAAAGAACAAAUUGUAGCUAGUUCCACCAGCAGAAACAAUUUAAGAAAAGAUGUCCUGAAUCACAGGCAUGUUUAUCCGGAAUUUCUGCCUGAUCCAAAAAUCGAAUUCCGGAAUCGGUUGCGAGAGAAACUGGAACGAAACGACAUGUUAUCUAGGAGAACACAUGUAAAUAUUCCAGAGUUUUACGUUGGUUCAAUAUUGGCUGUAGAAUCAUCAGAUCCACAUUCACCCGGUAAACCCCAUCGAUUUGUCGGAAUAUGCAUACAAAGAAAGCAUUGCGGGCUAAGAGCACAGUUUAUUUUAAGGAAUACUAUUGACCAACAGGGAAUUGAAAUUUUGUACGAAAUGUAUGAUCCUUCCAUACUAAAAGUGGAAGUUUUAAAACUAGAGAAACGCCUGGAUGACGAAUUAUUGUAUCUAAGAGAUGCCCUUCCAGAGUAUUGCACUUUCGAUACUAAUAUGGAACCAGAAAUUUUGCCAGAGGGUUCACCAGUUUCUAUUAACGAUAUAAAAGUGAAACUAAAACCGAAGCCUUGGUUGGAGAGAUGGGAGAGGAAAAACCUAAAAGGUCUCCAAGAUUUAGAGUUGCCGGAAAGGUUUUACAAGAAAGCGGAGAAAUUGGCUACUCCUUGGGAAAAAUACGAUUUAAUGAAAGAAUACAUGCGAACAAUACCAGAAGAAGAACAGCUAGAAAUAUUCAACGAAAUCGAUUCCAGGCUGGAGAAACUUCAAGUACAAAGCAAGAAGAUGAAGAAACGAGUCUUCGUGAAGCCAACAAAGCUCGCUUAGACAUAUCAAACUCUAAUAAAAUAACUAAGAAUGACUAUAAUUAAAAAAUAUAUUCAAAAAUUACAACAUAGUUUCAAUGUACACAGGCAAGUAAAAUAAAUACAUAGGUAAUAAAUUUUUCUCAAAAAGUCUUUACUGUACAACUGAAAAACAAACUACUUUUUUCAUAAAUCUUCGGCAGUUAACAUACAAAUUAUUUACACUGAUAAAACGUAUUUUUCAAUGCUUAUACUGAAAAAGAAAAUUACAAGUUACAAUUGUAACGAUGAGUGUUUAUGAAAAGCUCACCUUGAAAUAAAGAGAAAAUAUCUCGACUAACUUCCAUUAUUAUAACCAGACUUAUUGGUAUUACUACUCGAGGCAUCUCCGUGCUGCAACGAACUAAUGAAUUGCUUUUGGAAUUCGUCCUGGAACCCGCCAGAAAAAUCGUUCUUAAUGGAAUGACUGCUAGCGCUCGUUUUCGUCAUCGUAAAAUUCUUAUUGUACGCUAUAACAGAAACCGGAGAACUCGACGAAGUAUCAGUGUUUUUCACCGGAGACGAGGAAAGCUUCUGUAGCGCUUUCAAAUUCUCCAUCACCAUCAGAAUGUCCUUUUGACCGUCCCCGUCCGACUUCGGCACUAACGAAUUCGACGCGUAUAAGUGGUUAUUCACUA